UCCUGGCCAGCACAGCCCCCAGCAGAUCCCGAGAAGGUUCCUGAACGGCGAGGAGUAAAACUAUGCUGCAUCACCGUCUAUUCAGAGAUAGAAUCCUUAUUCGAGCGAUUCUCCAGUUGGGAAAAAUUACAAAGAGUCUUUGCCUACGUUCUCAGGUUCCUCUACGAGCUGAAACAAGGUGCAGCAUCAGGCCGGCAUGAACCGAUGAUAUCUACCGAGCUUCACAAUUCGCUGAUUGUCAUUGCUCGCAUUACACAGCACUCAUCGUUUGCUCAGGAGAUCCAGACUUCACUGCGACUGCGAUUCUGGAUAACUAAUGGCCGAUCGGUUGUCAGACAAGUGAUCCGAAAGUGUGUUACAUGUUUCAAAACGAAGGCCGAGGCCACCAGGCAGCUAAUGGGACAGCUGCCUGUAUCUCGCGUCACACCAAGCAAGCCAUUCUCCCAUUGUGGUAUGGACUAUGCCAGGCCCUUGCAAGUGAAAUACUGUAAUCCUCGAAGUAGAACCCAGAGAAAAUGCUAUAUAGCACUGUUUGUGUGCAUGGCGACUAAGGCCAUACAUAUUGAACUGGCCAGCGACUUGACAACUGAAGACUUCAUUGCUGCGUUAUGGAGGUUCGUUUCAAGACGUGGGCACUACGGUCAGAUGUACAGUGACAACGGCACAUAUUUCACCGGAGCAAAGUGACGGCUGAACGAGAUGUCUCGACUGCUAGGCUCAAGGGAUUAUCUUUUGGCUAUAUCAAGAUAUGCAGCUCAAGAAGGGAUGGAGUGGUAUCUAAUCCCCCCCCCCACUCCCCUCACUUCGGCGGACUUUGGGAAGCGGGUGU